AGCCAAACCACUCGGUGAGCCUAGCCAGCUAAGGACGAGCAUGUCGGGAUUAUUUUUGGCGCGUCUUUUUGCGAAUUUCAUAAUAACUUGAAGAAUAUUUUCCCACCCAAACUUUUCUCCCCGAUUCAACCGUUCGUCCGUUGCACAAACUCAGUCUUCCUGAUAAUUUAUUCGCGUUUGUUUAAAACUUUUCUUUGCAUUCUUCGCACCUGCAUAUCAAAAUCGAAUAUGGGAGUUCAUGACUCGCGGUGUGUUUCGCGUUCAAAUCUUCACUUGUUUGUUUUGCAUUUGAAUCAAGUCACGCGUCCUUAUAUCACUGAUCGUAAUAAAUGUAUAUUGUUACCAGUAUAAUAAACCUUGAAAUUGCUCAUCGCUACUAACUUUGUAAUUGUACGGAAACUAAAAAAACAAAAUUAACCAAUCCAUAUCAUUAUAAGUAUGCGGGCUUCUUGCGGUAAAAUAUUUGAAAUUCGUUAGCUGUGGAGCAGUAUUGGUACAUAACUUAUUUCAUAAAUGCUGUGGAAUUGAAAUCAAGUUAAUUUUGAAAACUGUGUAACGUUGUCUUGAUAAGAAUUGGCGAGAAAAGAAAAAAAAAAGAAGGGAGAAUCGUUGAGUAUUCUGGUGAUGAAGUAUUUUGAAGUUGCCGUUUCCCUGAUGACGGAAAACCCGGAAGAAAGGAAACGCGUUUAAUGUAUGAAUAAGUGAAUGAAUAUCGCGACACGCAAUAAGACCCUAUAUGCCCUUGUUCUACCAUAUCACGCAAACGCUUUUCUUUUCGUUAUUAUUGUCUGAAAUGCCUCUGUCCGAUUACUUUACAUUGGAGUGAUAAGUUACAAAUGAUCGAAAGUUUAACUGUCGAAAAGUGAAAUAGGAAUCAAACUGGUUUACACGACGCACGGAAUGGAAGUUUGAUCGACGAGCUACCCCCUCGGGACGUUCUCCGUUUCAAUCACAAGAAUGCAUUGGAGAUGACGAGGUAUUAAAGAGUGGGUGGAUUGGGAUCGGAUCCGGAGAUUUUGGGAAUGGAGGUGAACGGGACCGAGAGCAGCCUAAAUGGCACCGAAAACAACCGGACAGUUACUUCCGUGUACACCAUCGGCACAGAUUUCAUCACAAAAUGGAAAUCGAAAAGGCAGCGUGAGCGCUUGUGCCGAUAUGUUUACAACCAGAUACUGACUGCAAAGUGUACGCAGUUCAAUGGCUCCUGGCCCGAACCCGAUGACCCGCGGUGGAACAGCGGCGAAUACGUGGACCUUCUGCCAGAUUGGUUCCCGACGAACGCUAGUAAUGCGACGAACGGUUCGUUUCCGGAAAACGCAACCGUCGCCACAAUACAGGAUGAGAUGCUGAGUCCCGUACUUCCGCCGUUCGAGUUGUGGCAGACAAUUUUAAUUGCUCUCUCGUUGGCAAUCUGCAUUGUUCUGACUGUUGGGGGGAACAUCUUGGUUCUUCUAGCGUUCAUCGUCGAUCGUACAAUCCGCCAGCCUAGCAAUUAUUUCAUCGCUUCCUUAGCUGCUACCGACAUGCUUAUUGGAACUGUUUCCAUGCCAUUCUACACCGUCUAUGUGCUGAUGGGAUACUGGGAUUUGGGGCCAUUACUUUGCGAUCUUUGGCUCUCAGUGGACUAUACGGUGUGUCUGGUCUCCCAGUACACUGUUCUGUUGAUCACUAUUGAUCGGUUUUGUUCAGUUAAAAUCGCUGCCAAAUAUCGAGGCUGGCGCACAAAGAACCGGGUCAUAUGGAUGGUCACGAUCACCUGGAUUAUACCCGCACUUCUCUUCUUCAUCAGUAUUUUCGGAUGGGAGCAUUUUGUAGGAUAUAGGGACCUUCUUCCGGGCCAAUGCGCGGUUCAGUUCCUAAAAGACCCAGUCUUCAACACCGCCCUAAUUAUCGGGUACUAUUGGACGACUUUGAUAGUCCUCUUCAUCCUCUACGGAGGGAUAUACAAGACGGCCUAUGACAUGCAGAAAAAGAGCGAAGCGAAGCAAAGAAAGAUGCAGUCAAUGGUUGCUCUGAGUGCCGGUGCAAUGUCUGGGAUGGCUGGACGAGCAGCUGGGAUCGGAAUAUCCAAAACGCAGAGCACACUUCUGAGCCAAGACAAGCCAAAGGGAACAGGUUCACCCACUGGAGCUCAAGUUGGAUUGCAAAUACCUUCCAACGUUGGUGCCAGCGGGGGUAAUAGCAGAGUGGGUGGUGAAACUACAGAAAGUCAAAGAGCAUUGACCAAAUCCACUCACGGUGUUUCUGUCCCAGAGGCAAGUACUAAACAACAGAAUGCCGCGAAUGGGCCGGCGGAUUUCGAAAAAUCUGAGAGAUCAAGUAGUCCAGCCUUUGACUCAGACGAAGAUAGCACCGUAGGUCUGACCCAUCAGCCCAUUUAUACAAGAAAACCGAGAUCGUCGUUGGCAGGGCUUGUUGCCAAGUCAGGUGCUCUUCAGGUAGUUGGUGGAAACAACGAGAAGGUCAACGGUGCUGUACACAUCGCAUCGGACAUGGGUACCCCCAGUAAAGAUAUUUCGCUAACGAUGCCAACCCGUGUUAUCGAGAGCAGCGUCAAUAUCCAAAAGUCUCCGACGCUGCCCAAGAUUCAAGAGCAGCUUCCCAUCGACGCUGAAAAGUCAAGCAGCACAAUAACACCAGAGCAAUCAUCAUACAAAGAAACACGACCCCGACAAAUGACUAGCUCUGAAAGUCGAGUUUGCAGUGAAGACUCAUCCGAAGUGACACCAUCGGCACAGAGGAUGCAUCGGACACACGGAGAUCAAUUGACAUCUCCCACUGAGCCUGGAAACAUCGUUCCACCACCUUCACAGUUUCAGAGCAGUCCACUACCCUCUGAAGGUUCUCCAAUCUCGUCAUCAUCGGACAAGCCAAGAAACUUUCAAACGCCUGCCCCUGCUAAUGCAUUCUACGAUGUCCUGACAGGACUGGAUGGUGCAGAUCUAAGGUACAUGGAUGAAAGUUCAGUGAUAGUUCCAAGUCCUUCAUACGAAAGUCCACCGUCGUCGUUCUCAUGUAGUCUGGCCAACCCUCUUUCGACGGCUCCACCUUCUCCGCUCUUAGGAAAUUCUGGAACAUCUGCGGCAAACACUAGUCUCCUGCAAGCUGCCCUGAUAAGAGCGACGGCUCAACAAGCCGAAGUGAACCAGUUUCCGACCCACCAUCAGCAAAAUCAUCCUCCCCAGCAACACCAAUCUUCGCAGCCACUCGUCACACAUGCUUCGAGUCAGACUCAUCCACCGCGAGUGUUCAUAACUCAUCAAAGCAACGCUGCCUCGCAGACUUCGCCAACUAUUAGCAAAGUUAAUACAGAGGUAACAGUAAAGGCAGAGGAUACUCGGAAGCAGCCAGUAACGACGGUAAUAACCGCAAUUUCUCAACGAGAGUCCUCAAACAGUGAGACUGAGAGGUACUUGGAUCACCCUACAAGACUUAUACCACUAGCUCAGAAUUCAUCGCCCAGCAGCGCGGUACCAACAAUUUCCGGUACGACAAGUGCAGAGGCUAAAAGGCAAUCGAAGAAACGAGAAUUUCAAGCUGAUGGUAAGGAGUCGGGCUCAAAGAGAGACUUUGUCCAGACUAUUGGAAAACGUCUCAAAGUUAAGACGCAGAAGAAAGAUCCGACCAUUGGCCGACAGAAAUCAAGGACCGAAAACAGAGCUCGGAAAGCUUUUCGGACAAUCUCCUUCAUCCUCGGGGCCUUCGUCGCUUGUUGGACUCCCUACCACAUCCUAGCGCUGGUGGAAGGGUUUUGCGCCAGCCCGCCGUGUACCAACGAACACCUUUAUAUGUUUUCCUACUUUCUCUGCUACGCUAACAGCCCCAUGAACCCAUUCUGCUACGCACUGGCGAACCAACAGUUCAAAAAGACUUUUACCAGAAUACUCAAAGGUGAUCUUCACAUGACUUGAAACGUAAAUAGCGUAGCUUGUAACUGCAAUUUUAACCAACCUUCAGUGUGCGUACCCAAGAUACGUUUAGACUUUCAAUUAUAAACAAUUCCACGUGACGUAUCAGGUUAACUUCAGGAUCGCG